AGUCAUCCAAGUGAGAAAUUACGGUCAUAAUUUGUUGUAGGUUCAUGGCAGCUAUUCACCUGGCCGUUUAUUUGUAGUAUGUGAAAGGGUGAAAGUGUUAGCUGCUCAGUCGUGUCCACUCUUUGGGACCCCACGGACUGGAGCCCCAGCCCAGGGAUCGAGCCCGAGUCUCCUGCGUUGCAGGCAGGUUCUGCACAGUCUGAGCCACGAGGGCGGAAGAGCCCCACGCUGCAGACAGCCGUGACGCCAUGGCAGCGCCUUAGACCUGGAGUGAGAAGACUGGGAGCGAGAGCCUGGUUUACACCAUGGAUAGCACAAAGGAGAAGAGUGACAAUUACAAAGAUGAUCUUCUGCUCAGGAUGGGACUUAAUGAUAAUAAAGCUGGAAUGGAAGGAUUAGAUAAGGAGAAAAUUAACAAAAUUAUAAUGGAAGCCACAAAGGGGUCCAGAUUUUAUGGAAAUGAGCUCAAGAAAGAAAAGCAAAUCAACCAACGAAUUGAAAAUAUGUUGCAACAAAAAGCUCAAAUUACAAGCCAGCAGCUGAGGAAGGCACAAUUACAGGUUGACAGAUUUGCAAUGGAAUUGGAACAGAGCCGGGAUCUGAACAGUACCAUAGUGCACAUUGACAUGGAUGCUUUCUAUGCAGCAGUAGAAAUGAGGGACAAUCCAGAAUUGAAGGAUAAACCCAUUGCUGUAGGAUCAAUGAGUAUGCUGUCUACUUCAAAUUACCACGCAAGGAGAUUCGGUGUUCGUGCAGCCAUGCCAGGAUUUAUUGCUAAAAGACUCUGCCCACAGCUUAUUAUAGUGCCCCCAAACUUUGACAAAUACCAAGCUGUGAGUAGAGAGGUUAAGGAAAUCCUUACUGACUAUGAUCCCAAUUUUAUGGCCAUGAGUCUUGAUGAAGCCUACCUGAAUAUAACAAAGCAUUUAGAGGAAAGAAAAAAUUGGCCUGAGGACAAAAGGAAGUAUUUCAUCAUAGCAGGGACCUCUCUAGAAAACGAUAAUCCAGGAAAGGAAGUUAACAAACCGAGUGAGCUGGGAAGAUCCAUCUCUCCACUCCUUUUUGAAGAUAGUCCUCCUGAUUUGCAGUCCCCAGGAAAUCCUUUCCAAGUGAACUCUGAAGAACCGAAUAAUCCUCAAACACACCAAAACUCAGUUGUUUUUGGAACAUCAGCUGAGGAAGUGGUGAAGGAAAUCCGUUUCAGGGUCGAGCAGAAAACAGCCCUCACAGCCAGUGCCGGCAUUGCACCCAAUAUGAUGUUAGCAAAAGUAUGCAGUGAUAAGAAUAAACCAAAUGGACAAUACCAAAUUCUACCUAACAGGCAAGCUGUAAUGGACUUCAUCAAGGACUUACCCAUUAGAAAGGUUUCUGGAAUAGGAAAAGUUACAGAGAAAAUGUUAAAGGCCCUUGGAAUUAUUACUUGUACAGAACUAUACCAACAGAGGGCAUUACUUUCUCUCCUUUUCUCUGAAACAUCUUGGCAUCAUUUCCUUCAUAUUUCCCUGGGUCUAGGUUCAACACACCUUUCAAGGGAUGGAGAGAGGAAAAGCAGGAGUGUUGAGAGGACAUUUAGUGAGAUAAGUAAAGCAGAAGAACAGUACAGCUUGUGCCAAGAACUUUGCAGUGAACUUGCUCAAGAUCUGCAGAAAGAAGGACUUAAGGGUAGAACUGUUACCAUUAAGCUAAAGAAUGUGAACUUUGAAGUAAAAACUCGUGCCUCUACAGUUUCAGCUGUUGUUUCAACUGCAGAAGAAAUAUUUGUUAUUGCUAAAGAACUGCUAAGAACAGAAAUUGAUGCGGAUUUUCCACAUCCUUUGAGAUUAAGACUUAUGGGGGUGCGGCUCUCUGGUUUUCCCAAUGAAGAGGAGAAGAAACACCAGCAAAGGAGCAUUAUUGGCUUCUUACAGCCUGGAAACCAAUCCCUUUCAGCCACCAGUUGUAUACUAGAGAAAACUGACAAAGAUCAGUUUCUAAAACCUGCACAAACGUCUCAUAAGAAGAGUUUCUUUGAUAAAAAACGAUCUGAAAGGAAAGCGAGCCCCCAAGACACAUUUACAUGUGAAACCGUAAAUAAACAAAGUUUGCAAACAUCACAGUCAUCCCAAGUUUUAAACAAGAAGAUGAGUGAGAAUUUAGAAGUGGUGGAGAAAUCACAUAACUGUCAGACAUUUACCUGUCCAGUUUGCUUUAGGGAGCAAGGAAGCAUCAGUCUAGAAGCCUUUAAUAAACAUGUAGAUGCAUGUCUUGAUGGACCUUCCAUCAGUGGAAACCCCAAAAUGUCCUCAUGUUCACAUGCUUCCUCUGCAGAAGUGAACGAGAAAGAAAAUGUAUAUGGUUCUGUUUCUCUCUGUGAGAAGGGAGGUUAUGAAACCCACCAGAAGAAUACAGAGAUCACGUCAGUAGAUCCUGUAGAGCUGGUAGAGACUACUGGUAAACCAUCAAAUACAGAUGAUAUAGGGGCUUUAAGUAAUAAGCUGAGCGAAGAGGAAUGUUCUGGUCCUUCAAGCAAAUCAUUUAAUAUGGAACACUGUCCUCAGAAUUCUUGUACCGUUUCACUGGAAAAUGAAGAUGUUGGGUCAUUAAGAAGGCAAGAAUCCCCCCAACCUAAUUUAUAUGAAGUAAUCAGUGACCAAGUUCUAGUUUGUCCUAUUUGUAACCUAGAACAAAAGACUUCAGAUCUUACCCUAUUCAAUGUGCAUGUAGAUGUUUGCUUAAAUAAAGGCAUUAUCCAGGAACUGAGAAAGGAUAAGAUUAAUCCAUGUAACCAACCCAAAGAAAGCACCAAAAGUACUGAUAACUUAGGCAAAGUGCAGAAGACUGGGAACAAAGCAAAAAGGCCAGGAUUGAUGACAAAGUACUCAGCAUCAAAGAAAACAAGACCAAACAAUCCAAGACACACUCUUGAUGUAUUUUUUAAAUGAAUGUUGAACAUUUUAUCAAUUUUUGAUUGAAACUUGUUAUUUUAUAAUAACUGAAUGUAUUCUUCCCUGUUUCAAGCUUACAGGUUCAUCUAGUGAAAGACCAGUACAAUAAUCCUUUUGUAUAAAUUUGGGAUAUAUACUAAUUUACUUCUGUAUACGUCUUUUGAUAACAAUGAGAAUUUCACUUUCAGUUAUACUUCAGUUAGAUAAUUCUGUUAGAGAUAAUUUUAAAAUGAAAAGUUGGGAAUGAGAUCAGGAAGUGAUUUCUUUAUUAUGUUUUAUAGUGAAUAUAAAAACAUACAUUUAUAAGGGCUUUCAUAGGUUCAGAUAAAACUAUCAUAGCAUAAGAAUUUUUUAGCACUUAGCCACUUUGUUGGCACUGGAUGCUCUGCUUGAUCUUAGUAUCUUCUACAACUUUGAAUAAUUAUAUUUUAGGUCCUAGUAUCUUCAGAUACCUCAUGAAAAUUCAUUACUAAUAUUUAUCAUAAGUUCUAUGAAGAGUAUUAGCUUAGCAGAAUUAGCCUGUGUGCUUUUGUUACCUUCAGGAAAAUAAUAUCACAACAUUAUUUUCUGUGUUAAAAGAACUUUUGUUUAAAAUAUAAUUAUUCAUUUUAUUUUUUUAUUUAAAAUUUCUUUAUCUAAUGAAUAAGCACUUAUUCA